AUGACGACCUCGCAAAGCACAGGGAUGACCCCAGCUUCAUCAGAAAGUCUCGACUCGGAGCUCCUCGCGCACCUGGCCUCCAGCGCGGCACUGGAAGAUCUCCACGCGACCCUCCUCUGCUCGCUGCAACGGAUGGGCUGGACGGAAAAGGUCCGAAAAUUGUCGCAGGAGCUCCUGCGCGCUGGGCGAUGCGAGCGAUUUGACGAUGUCGUUGAGGCGGUGGUUGCGUCCGCGGAGGGGCGGAAACAUCCGGUUUUGGCGGGGUUGGACACCGUGAAUGAGGAGGAGAAGAAUAGUAAUGGGGAUGCGGAAGGGUACUUUGAGAAGGUGGAUGUGCGGAUCCCAGAGGCGGUGGUUGAGCAGGGGGUGAGGGCGAUCAAAGAGGUGUUGCGCGAGGUGGUGGUGCUGGAUGAUGAUUCGGAUCUGUUAGAAAGCCAUGAUUCGCACCAUGGCGCUGGUGAUGGGAAACAAGAGAAUGGUGGCGGCGGCAAAGCGGAGACUAAGCCAUCCAAGUCGUCAAAGUCAGGGGAUCAGUUCCUAAAGAAUGGUGAUACAAGCCCUGUCAAGAAGACGGAUAAGAAGCCGAAGCCUGGAAAACAGGUCAAGUGA